AUGAUUAAUGGUAAAGACAUAUAUGAUGUUCUUGCAGCAAUUAUACCUUUAUAUGUUGCUAUGAUGUUAGCUUACGGCUCUGUUCGGUGGUGGAAAAUCUUCACCCCCGAUCAGUGUUCCGGUAUUAACCGAUUCGUGGCGGUUUUCGCCGUUCCUCUGCUUGGUUUUCACUUCAUCUCCACUAAUGAUCCUUACUCUAUGAAUUACCAUUUCAUUGCUGCUGAUUCCUUACAGAAAGUUGUCAUCCUUUUCGCACUUUUCAUAUGGCAUGUUUUCACCAAAAGAGGAAGUUUAGAAUGGAUGAUUACUCUGUUUUCGCUUUCUACUCUGCCCAAUACUUUAGUGAUGGGAAUUCCUCUGCUUAAAGCAAUGUACGGAGAUUUCUCAGGGAAUCUCAUGGUUCAAAUUGUUGUUAUGCAGAGUGUGGUUUGGUACACUCUCAUGUUAUUCAUGUUCGAGUACAGAGGUGCUAAGUUACUAAUCGGAGAGCAAUUCCCUGAAACAGCUGCAUCGAUUACUUCAUUUCGGGUUGAAUCGGAUGUAGUUUCGCUUAACGGGCGUGAACCUUUACAGGCCGAUGCUGAAAUUGGGGACGAUGGGAAAUUACAUGUUAUUGUUAGGAGAUCCUCUGCUUCAUCAAUUAUUUCCUCUUACAAUAAAGGGAUACUGCAAUCGAAUAAUAUGACUCCCAGAGCUUCUAAUUUAACCGGUGUUGAGAUUUAUUCGGUGCAAUCAUCUCGAGAACCAACUCCAAGAGCGUCUAGUUUUAACCAGACAGAUUUUUACGCUAUGUUUGCUAGCAAAACAGCUAGUCCGAAGCACGGGUACACGAAUAGCUUUGGUGGAGAUCAUGUGUUCUCUCUGCAGUCAUCUAAAGGUCCAACACCGCGAACCUCAAAUUUUGAAGAGGAGAUGUCCAAGAUUGGAAGCAAUAAUAAGAAGCAUAGAGGAGGUAGGAGUAUGAGCGGAGAGCUAUACAACAGUGGUAGUACUGCUUCUGCUAAUGGAUUGGUGUAUCCGCCUCCAAAUCCAAUGUUUUCGGGGCAAAGGAAAAAGGAAGUUGGAAGCGGAAGUGGAGUGCCAACACCGUCAGUGCCAGUGCCAAUGCCAAUGCCAAUGCCGAAUACGAAUAACAAUAAUAGUAAAGAGCUUCAUAUGUUUGUUUGGAGUUCAAGUGCUUCUCCUACAUCUGAAGCUAAUCAUAAACAUGCAGUUAAUAGAGGUGGUUCAACUGAACUUGGAGUUCUUGAUGCAUCCAAAGCCGUUCUUCAACAAGAGAUAGCUGCAGCAAGAGAGAAUGCAAGUUCCGUUGGUAAAGGAAAUGUCGAAAAAGAAAUAGAGAUUGAGGAUUGUUCGAAGAAUAUGGGAACUGAAGAAGAGAAGAAAACACAGAUGCCUCCUGCAAGUGUUAUGACAAGGCUCAUACUUAUUAUGGUAUGGAGGAAGUUGAUAAGAAAUCCAAACACCUAUGCAAGUUUGAUAGGACUCAUUUGGUCACUCGUAUCAUUCAGGUGGAAUAUUCAAAUGCCUUCGAUUGUGAAAGGUUCAAUCUCAAUUCUAUCAGAUGCUGGUCUUGGAAUGGCUAUGUUCAGUCUAGGUCUAUUUAUGGCUUUACAACCAAAGAUCAUAGCUUGUGGGAAGUCAGUUGCGACAUUUUCCAUGGCAGUUAGGUUCUUAACAGGACCUGCUGUUAUUGCUGCUACUUCUAUCGCUAUUGGCCUUCGUGGUGUAUUACUACAUGUUGCCAUCGUUCAGGCUGCUCUUCCCCAAGGCAUUGUUCCCUUUGUGUUUGCAAAAGAAUACAACGUCCAUCCUGAUAUUCUUAGCACCGCGGUUAUAUUUGGAAUGCUAGUUGCGUUGCCAAUUACAAUACUAUAUUACAUACUUCUUGGGGUGUAGACAUGGGGAACAGAGACAGAUAAGUUCAAUGGAUUCAACAAUAUGGAAAGACAAUAGGAAACUACUAUAUGCUCCCUGCAUGUGACUUCUUAAUUAUACAAAAAGCGCAUUAAUUUAUUUUCAUUCUUUUUCUUUAAUUUUGUAGUUUUAAUUUUUAUAGUUAGCUAGGAAGAACUGGUCAUCAAUAGUCAUGUUGUAUUAUUACUUCAUUUACUAUUAUCAAAGUUCAGAUCUAAAC